AUGGGGAGUCAUCAGGACUUCCGGAGCCUUCAAGCAAAGUUCCAGGCCUCUCAGCUGGAGACUGGCGACCUCCCCAAAAAGCCCCCGAAGCCUGAGUUCCACAAACUCCUCAGAAAGUUUCCACAGCCUGAGCUAGGCGAGCACCCCAAGAAGCCCCCACAGCCUGAGUUCACUGACCUGCCCAAAAAGCCCCCCAAACUUGAGUUCAGUGAACUCUCCAAGAAGUCCCUGCAGCCCGAGGCCACACCACUCCCCAGGAAGCUUGAGGUCCCUGAGGGCCGCCCUCAGAAGCCCCCGCAGCAGCCUGAGCUCAGCAACACCCCCAGGCCCCCUGUGGAGCCCAAGUUCAGUACCCUUCUUCAGAAGCCCCCGCAGCCUGAGUUCUCUGGGCUCCCCAGAAAGCCCUCACAGCCUCAGGUCGGUGGCCUCCCUAAGAAGCCCCUGCCACAGCCCGAGUCCAGUGAGGUCCCUCCAGUGCCCCUCUUAAAGCCUGAAUUUGGUGAGCCCCACCCCCACUCCUCAGAGCCUAACUUCAGUACUCUUCCCAAGAAGCCUCCGCAACCUGAGUUCUGUGGGCUCCCCAGAAAGCCCCCGCAGCCUCAGGGCGGUGGCCUCCCUAAGAAGUUCCUGCCACAGCCUGAGUCCAGUGAGGUCCCUCCAGUGCCCCUUUCAAAGCCUGAAUCUGGUGAGCCCCACCCCCACUCCUCGCAGCCCGACUUCAGUACAUUUCCCAGAAAGAUCACCCGGCCUCAGCUGAAUGACCUCCCCAAGAAGCCCCUGCCACCUGAGUUUGGUGACCUCACCAGGACGUCCUCGGAGCCAGAGGUCAGUGUGGUUCCCAAGAAGCCACGCCAGUGUGAGUUCAAGGCGCUCUCCAAGAAGCCCCCGCAGCCUGAGCCCGCCAGCCUCUCGAGGACGUCCUCGGAGCCUGAGUUCAGCGUGCUCCCCUCCAAGUUUCUGCAGCCCGAGUGUCGGGGGCCCCCCCGCAAGUUCUCGCAGCCAGAGCCCAGUUCUCUGCCCAGGAACCUCCCGAGAAAACCCCUGCUCCCUGGCUCCUUUUCAGAGAGCUCGCUGCCCUCUGCCGUGGCGGGCUCCAGCCCCCGGGUCCCUCUCAGCCCAGGGUUUGGGGCACGGCAGCAGAGAUCAGGAGCCCUCGCUCGGAGUGCUGGCUCCAGGCUAGGUCUCAGACCUGGUCACCUGCCCCGGCGGAGGCCUCUACCCCCAGCCAGCAGCCUGGGCCCUCCCCCAGCCAAGCCCCCACUGCCCCCAGGCCCCAGGGAUAUCCAGAGUUUCCGGAGAGCUGCAGACACAGCUCUGCCCAGGACCUCCUCUUCUGCUGGCCUCCACUGCAUCCCACAGGACCCAGACGAGGUGUACGAUGAUGUCGAGCCCACAGACCACUCUGGACCUGGCCCCAGGAGCAGAGAUGAAGUGCUGUCGGCUCAGCAGUACCUGUGGAGGCCACCGCAAGACCCAGAGCUCAGGAAGGAGAAGGCGCCCCUCCAGCCACCACAGAUGCCACCCAUGGACCCGAAGUCCCUGAAGCAGCUCCGGAAGGCAGAGAAAGCGGAGCGGGAGUUUCGGAAGAAGUUCAAGUUUGAGGGGGAGAUUGUGGUUCAGACAAGGAUGAUGAUCGACCCCAAUGCCAAGACCCGCCGUGGGGGUGGCAAGCACCUGGGGAUCCGGCGUGGGGAGAUCCUGGAGGUGAUCGAGUUCACCAGCAAGGAGGAGAUGCUGUGCCGGGACACCAAGGGCAAGUAUGGCUAUGUGCCAAGAACAGCUCUACUGCCCCUGGAAACGGAGGUGUACGACGACGUUGCUGCCUGGGAUCCUUUGGACAGCCAACCAUUGCCCUAG